AUGGCAAUGAAAUGUGAAUUAGCAAAGAAAGAUUAAGAAAUCUCUAGAUAAAUAGAAUUAGCAUGUUAUAUGUCAAUGUGUGAUUUAUAACCAGCUCAUCGUUCUUUAACUUUGAGAGCAGCUAUGAGUUUGUCAUAUAAAAAUAAAAACUAUUUAACAGGUUCUUAAGUGGCUUAAUAUUUGAUAAAAUUAUUAGAAUAAGCUCCUAAAGAUGCAGUUUAUACUAAAUCAGUUGUUUUAGAGAAUGUCAAAAAAGUAACAUAUCAAAAUUUAUGAAGAUAUUUAACAAUAGUCAACUACAUUCUUAGAAUUAAUAUUAAAUAAACUUUUAACUAUCAUAUUUAAAUGAAGGAAUAAAAAAUUUGUGUGCAGAUAGACUCACUUAUAUCAAUGAUGUAAAAUAAAUAUAUAUUUUAGUUUGUUUGA